CCACAACAGAAGUGCAACGACACUGCAACUGGCUAAUCACCACUUACCUGUAGGUUAUGGCGGCAACAGACAAACCUACUAUGAUUAUUUUCCCUUAACAUUUAAACCUCUCUCCUGUAGAAUCGCAGCGGUGUGGCUCGGCACCAAAAAAGAGCGAACAAGUUUAUCAUAAUCCACUCUUGGGAAGACUUUUCCGGUUCCAAUGUCUUCUGGCUGUCCACCCCAGUCGCCAGCUGUGGCCAAGUCUGAGGUAGCGGUAGAAGGAGAAUGCCCGCUGCUGGCUGCCACCUUCGCCUACUGGGACAACAUCCUGGGUCCACGGGUGCGCCACAUCUGGGCACCAAAGGGUGACCAGUUGAUGUUCCUCAGUGAUGGAGAGGUCACAUUUCUGGCUAAUCACACACUUAAUGGGGAGAUCCUGCGCAGUGCGGAGUGUGGCGCCGUGGAUGUGAAGUUCUUUGUCCUGGCAGAAAAGGGAGUCAUUAUUGUGUCCCUUAUCUUCGAUGGUGAGCUGAAGGGGGACAAGAAUACGUGUGCCUUGUCCAUUAUUCUGCCUCAGACAGAGCUGGCCUUCUACCUGCCCCUGCAUACCAUCUGUGUGGAGAGGCUAAAGCACGUUAUCCGCAAGGGACGCAUUUGGAUGCAGAAGGGCUACAAUAUCAUCUCGGUGCUGAGCUUGGAGAUUGUCCCUAUCAUGGAGCUGUUGGCCUCAAUGAAGACACACUGUGUGCCCGAAGAUAUAGAUAUAAAAGACACCGUGCUAAAUGAUGAUGACAUCGGGGACAGCUGCCACGAGGAUUUCCUCCACAAGGCCAUCAGCUCUCAUCUGCAGACGUGCGGCUGUUCAAUCGUGGUUGGAAGCAACCCAGAGAAAGUAAAUAAGAUUGUGCGGACUCUCUGCCUCUUCCUCACCCCGGCUGAGAGGAAGUGCUCUCGCCUCUGCAGGGCAGACUCAUCCUUCAAAUAUGACACCGGCCUGUUUGUUCAGGGCCUGCUCAAGGACUCCACAGGCAGCUUCGUCCUCCCCUUCCGCCAGGUGCUUUACUCGCCGUACCCGACCACGCACAUCGACGUCGACAUCAACACAGUCAAGCAGAUGCCUCCGUGCCACGAGCACACGUACAACCAGCGGCGCUACAUGCGAUCCGAGCUGAGCGCGCUGUGGAAGACCGACAGCGAGGAGGACAUUCCUCCAGACACAGUCAUUCACACGGAUGAAACCUUCACACCUGACCUCAAUGUAUUCCAAGAUGUCAUGCAUACAGACACUUUGGUCAAGUCCUUUAUAGAUGAGGUGUUCAUGCUGAAGCCGGGCCUGUCCCUGCGGAGCACCUAUCUGGCCCAGUUCCUGCUGCUGCUCCACAGGAAGGCCCUCACGCUGCUCAAGUACAUCGAGGACGAAACGCAAAAAGGGAAGAAGCCAUUUCGAUCGUUGCGCAACCUGAAGAACGACCUGAAUCUGACGAUGGAGGGAGACCUGAACAUCAUCAUGGCCUUCGCCGAGAAGCUGAGGGCGGGGCUUCACUCGUUCGUGUUCGGGAAGCCGUUCUACACCAGCAUGCAGGAGCGAGACGUGCUCAUGAGCUUUUGACUUUCGUCGCACUUUAUGUAUUUUUUUUUUUUAGGUUGUUGUUACAUGAAAGCAUGCGCGUUGAUAAAAAGAAUACCAUCUGCCUGAGUAUUUGCUCGUCUGAAAUGAAAAGAACAAUUUUUGCCUUCCUUUUUUUUUUGUGUGUGUCUUGAUCAAUACAGGGCACGGUUUCAAAGACUGAUUGUUAUAGCUGCUAUGAGCCAUUAAGGUUUUGAUAUAUUGCCUUGAUCAACUGUACGCUUCAGUCAGUGUAACGUUUUUAGAAGACUUAUUUCUCUGCGGGUUGAGUUAUCCACGUGUUCUUUGCCUUCUGUUAAUAGAAGGUCUGUAUUAAUUUAUGGUGUUAAAAUUGGCUGAGAUGCCCCCCAGGACAUCUGGAAUUUAAUUUAAAAUGAUAUUUAUUAAAUCAUGAGUUAUUAGUUUCUUCAUUGCCUGUGUUAUACAGCUGUCUCGGCUGGCUUUUGAUCCUUCUGAACUUGAUCGCCUUUUUUUUUUUUUUUUUUAAUAUAUAUAUUCAGUUAAUGAACUCGUGUGCUGAAUGUGAAUGCUGCAGCUCGGUUGACGUCUUACAAAACUUUGUGAGUAAUCACAAAGCGCUGGGAUUUCAUUAAAGACAAAAGCACUGUAAAUUUUUUUACCACAAUCCUUCCUGACAAAGCAGAUCUGUGGACGUAUCUGACAUCGAGUGCUGCCAUUAAAUGCGUUUGCCCAGUUGUGCAUAAAAUAGAUUUCUCCCCCUCCCACAGCAACAGCACAGUUAUUUGCUGUUCGGAUUAUUCGGCUUUACUGCAAAACAUAAAUUUGCGGCGGUCGUUAAGUCGAGCAAUCUUGUUUGUGUGCCACUGUGAUAUGUCCGGAACAUUUCUUCCACUUUGAGAUCAGAGCGUGUUCAGUACAAACAUCGUCUUUGCUUCGUUUCUUUCUACUGUACGGAUCACCUUACAUCAACAGGGACUUUUUGUGUAAUUGAACCUCAAAUUGUGCUGACAGGCCAAUGAAUAAUAAACACUGUAAUGACAAAUCGCACAUCUUUUACACUGUCUUUUUUUUUUUCUCAUCUUGCUCCUUUCGACUUGAUAAAAAUGACGCACAUUAAUUAAAAGUAAUCUGCAUGAGAAUGAGGAGGGACGCAGUUCACACUUUUAAAUGUAAAUGUCUGUCUCCUCAAAGCGCCAGCUCUGAAAGCUGAAGGCCCUCGAUAAGAAAGACCCAAUCACCUUGAGAUAUCCAGCUAAGCUCUGACUCAUGAGGUGAACCAGCUGAGGUGUCUCCUGGAGUCACGAGUUGUAAAGAGGCCCAGAAGUUCAAAAUUGUAUUCAUUAAAUAUAAAUGUGAAUUGAAUAUGUGUGAUUUUAUACAGACAAAAGCAUGAAAUUAAAUAAAAUCUCAGCUCAGUGAAA